AUGGAAUAUAUAAAUCCAUUCACUCAAAAUAUAAUUCUAAAAUUAUUGAUUCAAUAUAAUAGUCUUGAUAUUGAACCAAUAGCAGAUUCCAAUUGUAAAAAAAUAAAUUUAUUGGAUGACCCAGUUUUCAAUGAGGAGCCAGCUUCGAUCGAUGGAAUUCCAUGUUUAGAUAAGAGAAAUGAUGAUCUCCUACCAUUUUUAUCUUUUAGAAAAAAAUUACUCUCUUUGUCAUUGGUUUGUUGGAGAUGGUUCAAUUAUGUCUCCAAACAAAUUACACAUCUCUCAGUCAAGUUGGUCGGUGACAAUCUGCUCUCUUUUUCCGGUCCAAUCGUAAAUAACAAAAGGCAGUGGAGUGUUCCAUUUAGACUUCAAACUUUAGAAUCUAAAUACUCUCUAUAUCAAUCAAAGAAUAUUAUUACUUUGACAGUUUUACUCGAUAGUUCAUGCCAGAGACUGAUGACCUGCAAUGAAAUCGCCAAAAUCACUCUGAAUUCCAACCUUCCAACCAAAUUGAAACAAAUGAUUCCAACUCUACGAAGAAAGAAGGCCAUCGAAAUACUUAAUUUUUCCAUUCACAACCUCUAUACCAAGCUUGCCAGUCAUCAACUUUCAUUUGUAAAUCUUAUUUUCAAGAGAUGCUACCAACAGCUCGGUCAAAAGAUAGUCCGUUUAAUGAAUAAUAUCAAACAACUAUUCACCGUAGAAUCAUUGGAGCACUUGCUGAUUCAGUCCGAUUUUGUGGAAUUGGCAGACCUUGUAGUUGGUUUAAAUUCAUUCAAUCUGAAAACACUCAAUUGCAAUAUUCUAUAUCACCAAAUUAUUCAAGAUUGUAAAUUAACUGAUAAUCGUCAACCAAUAUUUAAUAAUUUCUUCCAACUCCAUACACCUGCCGAUCCAUAUCACCAGACCGAAAAUACCUGCCAAUGGACAAGUACAACUCCAGCCUAUCAUUACACCAAUAUCCGACAACAUGUUGCAUCCUUCUGUGAUUCCAUUGCCAAAAACAAAAGUAUCGAAAGUCUCACACUAGGUAACUACUGUUCAAAUUUCUCACAUAAGCGUGCAUGUUUCUGCCAUGACACCGAAGAUAAUUCCAUUCCAUCGAAAUUAAGAAUGCCGCUGUGUCCUCUUCUCAAUGAAUCAUUUGCCAAUGCAAUCAAGUCAAACAACACCAUCAAGAGUUUGACUCUUUCCAAUCUGACCGGAUUGGUGAAUGAAAGUUUCUUUAAAGCUAUGGAAGCCAACAAGUCUAUCACAUCACUAUCUCUUAUCGAUUCAACUCUCCAGGAUAAUGCCAACAUCACUCAACUUGUUAAGCUUUUGGAAGUCAACAAAACAUUGAAAUAUAUCUCAAUUGCCAACAAUCCACAGAUCGACACUGGUAAACCUCUCUCUAGAAUAUUAUCACUCAACAACAGUAUUGAACAAAUCGAUAUCAGUUUCAACCAAUUCAAAGAUCUAUCAACGUUUGUCUCACAAACCAACCACUUUAAACCAGAUCCAAAAGUCAAGUCGAUCACACUUAAAAUCAAUGGAAACAAUACCAACUUUAAAUCAGAGAUCUCCAAACUAACACCUUCUCAUGUAUCGGUGGAUUUCUCAGUCAACCAAAAAAUUAUCAACAACCAACAAAAUCAACACAUCAGCGGUAUCAACUCCAUUUUAGAUAUUGAAAAUUUCGAUAAAGAAUUAAAAAGAUUUAAUUAUUUUAAUUAA